AGCCUGAUGAGAACAUCUUGUGCACGCUCCUUCCUUUGUCAUGGAGGGAAGCAGAUCAGAAAUUUCUGCAGCUGAGGAGAGCGAGGAAGUAACAUAUACUUCUGUCAAAUUCUCUCAGACUCCUCUGCCAAGGGACAAAGCUGCACAGGGAAAAAGAGCUCCCUGUCAGUGSUCAGCAGUUCUGAAGGGCUUAGCCAUAGUCUUUGGGACACUGAGCAUCUCCCUGGCGAUCGCUUUGAUUUGGAYGAUGAGUSAUUGCCACCUACACUGCCCUCGACAGUGGGUGGCCUACAGAGGGAGCUGCUACUCCUUCUCCAGGGAGAAGAAGGACUGGAAUUCCAGCCAGGAUUCCUGCAGGGCACAGGGAGCUCACCUCCUGGUGAUCAGUGAUACCUGGGAAAUGGAUAUGUUCGAGCGUAUUCAAGCAGAAUGUUUCUGGAUUGGACUGAGGAACAGUACAAGAUCUGGAUGGAUUUGGGAAGAUGGCUCUAUAUUCAAUGCUUCCAAGAUCCUCUCUAACAGCCCUGUGCAAAACUGUGCUGUCCUGAUGAAAGGUCAGUUUCAUGCCUCCAGCUGUGAAUUUGCYGCUCCGUGGAUCUGUGAGAAGUCGCUUAGAUAAAUCCCAAGUGCUUUUUAGUCUCACGAUGACCUCGUCAGUGAUAUGAGUUGAUCAUUGUCCUGCAAAGGAAAGCUUCACACAAGAGCAAGGACUUGCCUUUUCAACACCCUCACUAAAGUGUUUUACAAGGAGAGGUUUGUUGCCCAUAAGGGUGAGUUACCCUCAGCAAUAGAUCUGUUCUCAGUCCACAAGUGUUCGAUUACUGCUGUUUGUGACCAGAUGAGACCUGGGACAUAUUCCCUGGCCUAGUCUUUCUCUUAUUUGUCCUAUAAGGGCAAACAAAACCUCUUGUCACAAGUGGUGUCUUCAGAUCUCUGUGGGGGUCCUAGCCAUUUUCCUUCACAUUUGAGCAUCAGGUUUCAUUUCCAUUCCCUGCAUCCUCAUUGUUUGAUAUCAGAAAGACCAGGGAAAAUGAAGCCUGCUGUUCACUGACAGAAACAUAUAAACAKAUUUUUCCCAGUGGCAGCCGUUCCUUUUGCAUCCCAGUACUAUGAGUUGGGGAGAAGAGGGUAAAAUGAAAUGACAACUUCUAUAAAUCCAGCAGUGAAAAUAAAACU